CCUCGCAGUCUGUACCUGCUCUGCAAUUGUCUAGUGGUCGCUGCCAAGAUGGGAAAGGAAAAGAUUCACAUUAACAUCGUCGUGAUCGGGCAUGUGGACUCGGGCAAGUCAACCACCACCGGGCAUCUCAUCUACAAAUGCGGGGGCAUCGACAAAAGAACCAUCGAGAAGUUUGAGAAGGAAGCUGCGGAGAUGGGUAAAGGCUCCUUUAAAUAUGCUUGGGUCUUGGAUAAGUUGAAAGCUGAGCGAGAACGUGGAAUAACAAUCGAUAUUUCCUUGUGGAAGUUUGAGACUGGAAAAUUCUAUAUAACUAUUAUUGAUGCUCCUGGCCACAGAGACUUUAUCAAAAACAUGAUCACUGGCACUUCUCAGGCUGACUGUGCUGUGCUCAUUGUUGCUGGUGGUGUUGGCGAAUUUGAGGCUGGUAUCUCUAAAAAUGGACAGACUCGGGAGCAUGCCCUCUUAGCUUUCACCCUAGGUGUCAAGCAGCUUAUAAUUGGAGUUAACAAGAUGGACUCCACUGAGCCCCCUUUUAGCCAAAAAAGGUUUGAAGAAAUUACUAAAGAAGUCAGUGCCUACAUUAAGAAGAUUGGCUACAACCCAGCGACUGUUCCAUUUGUGCCAAUAUCUGGAUGGCAUGGAGACAACAUGCUGGAGGCUAGCACCAAUAUGCCCUGGUUUAAAGGCUGGAAGAUUGAAAGGAAAGAGGGAAAUGCCAGUGGUGUAACUCUGCUAGAAGCACUUGACUGUAUUAUUCCUCCUCAGAGGCCCACUGCCAAGCCUCUACGGCUCCCUCUGCAGGAUGUGUACAAGAUUGGUGGAAUUGGUACGGUGCCUGUUGGCAGAGUGGAGACUGGUGUCUUAAAGCCUGGUAUGAUUGUGACUUUUGCACCAAGUAAUGUCACUACAGAAGUAAAGUCUGUGGAAAUGCAUCAUGAGGCUUUGCAAGAGGCAUUGCCUGGAGACAAUGUUGGUUUCAAUGUGAAGAACAUAUCUGUAAAGGACAUUAGGAGAGGCAACGUAGCUGGUGACAGCAAAAAUGACCCACCUAUGCAAGCUGGCAGUUUUACCGCACAGGUGAUCAUACUCAAUCACCCAGGACAGAUUAGUGCUGGUUAUGCUCCAGUCCUGGACUGUCACACAGCUCAUAUUGCUUGUAAGUUUGCUGAGCUGAAGCAAAAGAUUGACCGAAGAAGUGGCAAGAAGCUGGAAGAUGACCCAAAAUUCUUGAAAUCUGGAGAUGCAGCUAUAGUGGAAAUGAUUCCUGGGAAGCCCAUGUGUGUAGAAAGCUUUUCUGACUAUCCUCCACUUGGCCGAUUUGCAGUUCGUGAUAUGAGGCAGACGGUGGCUGUUGGAGUAAUCAAAGGUGUGGACAAAAAGGCAGCAAGUUCUGGGAAAGUAACAAAGUCUGCUGUGAAAGCUGGAAAGAAAUGAUUGAUGUACAGUUUAAUCUUGGUGUCCUGUAAACUUAAUAAAUGUUUAAUGAUG